AUGACUCCUGACUGUCCCCCCACGUGCUGCCCUUCUUCUGAGUCCCACGCGGGGGUUUCUGAUGGGGUAACCGCUUCCGCCUGUUCCGUGGAAACCACCAGUCUCCCCAGCACCUGUGCUGCAUCCAGGUGCCAGACCCCGAGCUUCCUGUCCAGGCCUCUCCUGCCGUGCUACCUGGCUGGGAGCUGCAAUAUCCCGUGCUUGCUGGGGAACUGUGCUUGGUACGAGGACGGGGUGUUCAACAGCAACGAGAAGGAGACGAUGCAGUUCCUGAAUGACAGGCUCGCCAGCUACCUGGAGAGGGUGCGGGGCCUGGAGGAGACGAACGCGGAGCUGGAGCGCCAGAUCCGAGAACAGUGUGACUCGGACAUCCCACUGGUGUGCCCCGAUUACCAGUGUUACUUCAACACCAUUGAGGAGCUCCAGCAAAAGAUUUUGUGCACGAAGGCAGAGAACUCGCGACUUGCCAUACAGCUUGAUAACUGCAAACUGGCGGCCGAAGACUUCCGGUCAAAGUACGAGUCUGAACUGACUCUUCACCAGCUGGUGGAGAGCGACAUCGGAGGCCUGCGCAGGAUCCUGGACGAGCUGACCCUGUGCAAGGCCGACCUGGAGGCCCAGGCUGAGUGUCUGAAAGACGACCUGCUUUGCCUGAAGAAAAAUCACGAAGAGGAGGUCGACUCGCUUCGUGGCCAGCUCGGUGACCGACUCAAUGUGGAGCUGGACAGUGGCCCCAUCGUCGACCUCAACGGGGUCCUGGAGGAGAUGCGAUGUCAGUAUGAAACGGUGCUUGCCAACAACCGCAGGGACGUAGAGGAAUGGUUCGCUGUCCAGAUGGAGGAGCUGAAUCAGCAGCAGCUGUCCAGUGCCGAGCAGCUGCAGGGCUGCCAGACGGAGAUCCUGGAGCUGAAACGCACAGCCAGUGCUCUGGAGAUUGAGCUCCAAGCCCAGCAAAGCCUGACAGAAUCCCUGGAAGGCACUGUUGCAGAAACCGAGGCCCAGUACAGCGCCCAGCUGGCCCAGAUGCAGUGCCUGAUCGACAACGUGGAGAACCAGCUGGCGGAGAUCCGCUGCGACCUGGAGCGGCAGAACCAGGAGUACGAGGUGCUGCUGGACACGAAGGCACGGCUGGAGGGCGAGAUCGCCACGUACCGGGGCCUGCUGGAGAGCGAGGACUGCAGGCUGCCCUGUAACCCAUGCUCUACAACAAGCACGUCAAGCAACACUUGUGAGCUGUGCCCGGCGUACGUCCUCUGCACGAUCGAAAACCACUGCGCGUGA